CUCGCGUUGGGACGCGGCGCCAGAGCUCCCGUCCGCCACGCGAUUGACGCGGCCGGCGCGGCGAAAGGCGGCCAUCGCUCCACACACAAACUCUGCAGAGUUUGGGGGCUGCCCACCGCUCUGCAGGGGCUGCCCAUCACUGGGGCCCAGCUCUGGGCAGAGCUCGCGCCGCAUCCGUGCGCCGCCGCGACCGUACGCCGGUGCGCAGCUCGGUGCUCGCGUCGCGCGACAGCAGCCGCCAGGCGCGCGCGACCCGUGCAGACGCCGUCGCGCAGCAAAAGUCAGAGGGACGCCGCGGCCGCCGCCGACACAAUAGGCCAUGGGCUGGCUCUUCGGCGAGACGGUCAAGAAGGACGCGAACUACCACGGCUGCCGCUACGUCUGGGGCAAGCUCCACCAAAAAGAAAGCGACUUAGUGAAGCUCAAAAAAGUGUUUGACGCCGCCGACCGGUCGGGCGACGGCGAGGUCGACAUCCACGAAUUUUUGAUGUAUCUGGACGUCGAGCGGACCAAAUUGAUCGAGCACAUCUUCCGCCAGUUCGACACCGACGGUGGGGACAGUCUCUCAUUUAAAGAAUUUGCGCUGGCGCUGUGGACCUUCGCGUCGCUGGAUAUCAAUGGCAUCGGGCGGUUCACGUACGAAAUAUAUAAAAAUGACCAGCGCGAUGGCAUCGACGGUAGUGGUAUUACGGAUUUUAUUGAAGGGGUGAGAUCUCGGCGUUUUGAGGUGUUGUGGUGGUUUCUUUGUCGACUUUGAGGCCAAUCGUGAUGCUCCGCGCAGGUGUUCGGGAAGGGGAACGUCGCUGGGCGCGAACGCGCUCGCAACGAGCUCGAGAGGAUCCGGCGGGAGGAGGGCGGCGUCAUCGAUCGGUAUGAAUGGGAGGAGUUCGUCCGUGACUCGGUGUGAUUUCCGAACUUCGAGUCGACGGCGUCGUCGCGAUGCCGCGCCGCCUCGACGCCGUGUCGCGACGCCGUCGUUCGACACAGGUCGAAGAAAACGCGAAAAGUUCCUUGGGGCCCCUCAUACGCAUGCAUAGAGUAUUGUGUGGAAAGACGCUAGGUCUCAAGUUCUGGGAAAAGGCCAGGAAGGGCCGCGAGGAGCACUACGGGGAGCUGCCCUGGCCGGCGAUCUCGAAGAACAUAAGGGCGGGGGAUCUGCGCGAGGACGACCGCGAGAUCUCGAAGCAUGAGCACUCCUUUAAGGACUGUGUCUCUGCCGCAUUUAAACAUGCGGAGCAUAAAAACUCGCUGCUCCAGAAAGACUACGAUAGAGCUCUCGAGCACUGCCAGAAGAACCUGUCGAGAAAAGCUGGAGACCGCGGCGACGAGCACCCGUGCUACGUCGACGUCCAGGUCGCGAAAGAGGCGAUAGAAAAGCUCGAGGACCUCAAACGAAGUGAACAUCGCAUGGACAACCGCCUGUCGCGGGAGGAGUGGACGGACUGUUUCAUGGAGGUGCGGCGCGGCGUCGGGUUACGCCAUCGACGCGACGAUGGUCCCACGCAGGUCUGGAAGGAGAAAGAAAUGAGACGGCAGUUACUCUUAGAUCCAAAGCCGCCGAAGCGCAAGAAGCAGCCGCUGCGGUUGAAGAAGGGCCAGGUCCAGCAUGUGGUGAAAAAAGACGAGUGGGAGCCUCCUCCUAGAGCCCAUUGCCCUCCUACGAGACCUCAGUCAGCUUCUGCUAUGAGGAGAGAAAACAAGCACCAGAAGCUCGUCUGGAAGAUGCACCGGAGAGACAAGCGCCAAAAAGAAAGUAGGCAGUCGUACGCGGACUGGGCGCCGAGCAUGCAUUUACCCGAGGCGCCCGAGGCCCGACAAGCGGACCGGCCGAAGGUCGAGAUGGGCAACUUCUUCGACCUCGGGAACGACAAGGCGACGGCCGCCGCCAAGAAAGCCAAGAAAGUCGAGGACGAGAAGAAGGCGCCUAAAAAAAAAGCGAAAGUUACAAGUUUCGGCCCCGGCGGCGGGACGAAGAUGAAGACCACGGUCAAAUUGUCGAAGGCUCGGUUCUCGGGCAACGCGUCCGUGGGCUCGACCCAAACACGCGCUUCUCGGAUCUCGGUCCCGUCGCUGAAGGGCGCGGGCGGCGACCUGAACCUGCGCUGGGACAUGAGCGUGGCCACGGGGUCCUUCGGCGGCGGCCGGUCCGUGGGCGGGCGGUCCGUGGCUUCUCGUACUCAUCGGUCGAGCGCGUCGGUCACGUCGCGCGGCUCGUCGUCGUCGCGGCGGCCGAAAUCCGCGAGCGCUUCCCUGAGUUCGUCGCGGUCGCGCCGGUCGCGCGUGGCGCUCGCGCCGGCGUAAUGAUGUGGUGUUGUUAGUUA